GCGCAGGAGACCUACCGAGGCCCGGUACCAGUCCCUCUUCAUCAUGGCCGACGUUCCAGCGUUAAUAAACAUCUGCGUGUCGUUAAAGAUCCAGCCGAACGAUGGGCCGGUGUUCUUUAAGGCGGACGGGUCCCGGUUCGGACAGACGCGGACCAUUAAGCUGCUGACGGGCUCCAAGUAUAAAAUCGAGGUGGUGAUGAAACCGGGGAACGCCGAGGCUGUCUCUAUGGGAAUCGGCGGAAAAAGCUUUGAUCUCGAGCAGCAGUCUAAAGAUGAAGAGUCUGCCGUAUACCACGGAUUAUACGACACCGAGGGUGUUCCUCACACCAAGAGCGGGGACAGACAGCCUGUGCAGGUCUCCAUACAGUUCAAGGAGGCGGGCGUCUUCGAGACGGUGUGGCAGGUGAAGUACUACAACUACUACAAGCGUGAGCACUGCCAGUUCGGCAACAAGUUCACCUGCAUCGAGUACGAGGUGAAGCCCAAUGAGACGCGCAGCCUCAUGUGGAUCAACAAAGAAGUCUUCCAGUAGAAUACGGUCAUGGUGGCGUUAACGGAUUUGAGCGCAGCGCGGCAGCACUACGCCUGUGUGAGCAGUAACCAUCGCUGGGCAGUUUGUGUACUGUGUCAUAAUGAAUUCAAGAUGAUUAGCACGGCUCACGCUGUUCUACUUGUGAGCCAUGCUAGCAAAGAGGAGACAACCUGCAGAGAUUAAUAUUUUCUUCUUGUUCUUGUUGAUUUGACUUUUUUUUUUUUAUUUUGUGCAUGUAUGCUUUUAUACAUAUCAUUUGAGUUAGGACCUGAACGCAUACUGAUCUAAGGGUUUGUGCUGUUCGUGCAUGUUCAGUGUUCACACAUAUUAUAGUUACUUAGUCAAUAGUGACACUAGGAUCAAUUCUCUCACCACAAUCCCACAAUGUCUUAUAUUUUGUGAGAUGUUCGGGCAUUACAGCAGAAAGCAUUAACACGCAGGUUUAUCCAUGAGAACCAGAAUUGCAGGCAUUGUCUCAGGUGCAGAUCAAAGUCUUUUCCCAGGUAGGUUCUUUCUCAGGUUACACCUGGUCAUUUUACACAUCUUUGUUUUUCUGGAUUGAGAUUGUGAAUGAGGCAUUUCUAAAAGCAACGCUAUCGAGAUUCAUGGAGCAUGUGCGUCACCUCCACGUGUAUGAACGGAUCAUAAAUGCAUCUCAGUGCCUCAGAUUUUUUUCGCAGUCUUAAGUCUGUGCCUCCAGACUCAUGGAGUACCAGGAUCCCAGCAGCGGAUCCCAAUGAUGCUUUUCUGCUGGAUGGAUGUCUUUUUAUUUAUUUCGCACCAUCAGCAUUUUUAUGCAAUACUCAUUAGCAACCAUGGCAUGAUUUUUCAUGCACCAGACACCUGACCUCCUGGCUGGAUAAUCGCAUCUAAUAAACUGGCCACUUAGAUUUAAAACCACUGUAGGAGGAGCUCCGAGAUGCGUCCAUACUUAGCAUGUGUAAAUGAAUUUGGUGUUUAAAUGUAAUGAGAUGCUUUGUUAAUAAGAUGUGUCAAAUGUCCUGGUGUAACACACAAGUGAAUAUGAGUUAACAGGAUAGAUUACUAAUUUCGAACCCUGAUAUACUGUACAUUUUCUGCCCCGUUAUGGUUACACUGAUAUUGCCAUGGUAUUCUCGCUAAAGUUAAACAGAGCAACUCUCAGUAAUGCUUGCUCAAUAAAGGGUGCUGUCUUAUUAUUAUAUUUAUUUAAAACUAUUUAUUGAUGAUAUAUUUAAAAUGACCUAAUCAAUGUUGUGAUCUUCUGCCGCUGGCUGGGACUGGUAACGAUUUGUGCUCACUGGUGUGUGUGUGUGUGUGUGUGUGCAUUUAUUGUAUGAAUGAAUAUUUUCCUGAGUUUUCAUAUUUUCACGGUUGUUCGAUCUGCUGAUGCCUUCAUGCCAUGAAAGUAAUAGAUUGUUAAAGGAUCA